AUGGAAAUAAAUAUAUGUUGUUCCCAAUAUAUUUGGGGUUAUUUCUUUCUGAUUUUCAAAGACAACAAAAAUUUCAAAAUGAUUACGACCACUAAACAAUUACUGGCUAAGCAUAAAGACAUCUAUAAAAAAGCUACAGAACAUGAGGUAACAAAUAAAUUAUGUCAAGGUACAUUAAGUGAUCGUGUUUUCUAUGCUUACCUAGCUCAAGAUCUUCAAUUUUUCGAGGUAGGAAUGAGACUGCUAUGUAAAAUUGCCUUAAGGGCUCCUAGAAUAUCCAGUUUUUUCACACUCUCUAAGACAAUUGGGUUCUUUGCAAGUGAUGAAAAUACCUAUUUCCAUGACUGUUUGGCAGUGUUGGCUCCCUCAUUAUCUUCUGAGGAUAAAGCAACAUUUGAUAACACUUUAUUACCAGGGGUAGAUAUUUAUGUGAGGUAUAUGGAAGAAUUAACAAAAGGCGAUUUUACGUAUGCCCAAUUAAUUACGUGCCAUUGGGCUGGUGAACAGAUCUAUUUACAAUGGGCCCAAACUUCUCGAAGAAAGACUGGCUUACAUUGGAAAUAUCAGAUAUGGAUUGAUUUACAUGAUAGUGAACGUUUCAGAAACUACGUUGACUUUCUUGCAAAUGAAGUUAACCAGUUCCCUGUUGAAGAAGUCGAAGAAGUAUUUAUCAAGGUUGUCGAGCUUGAGUUUGAAUUUUUUGACAGGUGCUAUAAGGCAUAA